AUGGCUUCUCAGAUCAUCAUGGCCUCCAGCGUGCAGUCUGGACAGCCGCAGACGUUGUUAUCCAACACAACUUCGUGGCAAGAUGCUCUGGCGUGGCCGACUGUUACCGCGAGCUGGUCGACUUGGCAGUACAUCGUGACAUUUCUACUGGCACUGGUGAUUUUCGAUCAAGUAAUGUACAUCAAGCGAAAAGGACCCAUCGCUGGGCCGGCGUUCAAAAUCCCUCUCGUGGGCCCUUUUUUCCAAGCGAUUGAUCCGAAGUUCGAUGGAUAUCUUGCCCAGUGGGCCAGUGGACCUCUCAGCUGCGUUUCAGUCUUCCACAAGUUCGUCGUCCUCGUUUCCGAACGAGAUCUAGCCCACAAGGUCUUCAAGUCGCCCUCGUACGCUGAGCCAUGCCUAGUGCCGGUUGCAAAAGACCUUCUUGGCCACAAAGCAUGGGUAUUCCUUCAAGGGAAAGAGCAUGCUGAAUACCGGAGAGGAUUGACGCCACUGUUCACAAACAGGGCCUUGGGCACCUACUUUACAGUCCAGGAAAGAGUCCUGGCCGACUACUUCGAUGACUUCGUAGCCCUCAGCAAAGAGAAUGAGGGACGACCAAUGCCGUUCAUGGCCAAAUUUCGCGAGAUCAACUGCGCCAUGUCUUGUCGGACCUUUUUCGGCGAUUAUAUAUCCAAAUCUGUGGUAAAGAAGAUCGCCGACGACUUCUACCUUGCUACUGCAGCCAUGGACCUCGUCCAUGUUCCCCUGUCAAUGUACAUACCAGGUACCAAACAGUGGCGCGGGAAGCGCGUUUGCGAUGCCGUCCACGUCGAGUUCGCCAAAUGUGCGGCGGCCUGCAAGGCAAACAUGGCCACCGGAGCGAAACCCACCUGCACCGUGGAUUAUUGGGUGCUCCACAUGCUAGAGUCCAACAGAUAUCGUGAGAGAGUCGCCGCAGGGGAAACUAAUGUGGAGAAGCCGUCGAAUAUGAUUCGCGAAUUCACUAACCAAGAGAUCUCGGAGACUUUGUUUACUUUCCUCUUCGCAUCUCAGGACGCAGGCAGCAGCGCCACAACAUGGCUCUUCCAGAUCCUUGCUCAGCGACCCGACGUCCUCGACCGAUUGCGGCAGGAGAACCUGGACGCCCGAGGCGGUGACAAAAACAAGCCAUUUGAUCUCCCUAUGCUGGAGUCACUGACCUACACCAAUGCUGUUGUCAAGGAACUUCUCCGCCACAGGCCACCCGUCAUUUUCGUCCCCUACCUUGCGACCAGAGACUUCCCUGUCACGUCCAAUUACACCGUUCCCAAAGGUUCCAUGAUCAUUCCGUCCUGUUACCCUGCUUUACACGAUCCAGUGGACUAUCCCAACCCCAACGAGUUUGAUCCUGAGCGUUGGAUUUCUGGUGAUGCCGAGUCUAAAACCAAGAAUUGGCUCGUGUUUGGUGCUGGACCCCAUGAUUGUCUCGCGCGAAGAUACGUACCGCUCACUAUGGCAGGCAUGAUUGGCAAGGCAGCAUUGCAAAUGGAUUGGAAGCAUCAUGCUACCGAAAGGAUGAAUGUCCGCUGGUUUUCACAAAACGUGCUUGAGGGCGUUCUUCUCCGGCGUACUCACGAACAGGGUCGAUGUUCACUAAGGUAG